GCAGGUCGGGUGGCGCGCGCACACGGCUGCUGCCGGUGGCGGCGGCGGGAGCGACCGGCGGGCAAACGUGGGUGCUCGCGGCCGACGGAGGGAGUCAUCGCCGGCAGCUAUGUCCGCGGCCGGCCGCUGGAGGCUCGGCCUGGCCUGCCUGGCCCUGCUCUCAGUGCGAGUUUCAGACUGUGUCCGGAUCACGGAGCUGCACGUGCCGCCGGUGGUGGAGCACAACACCAACACCAGCGCCGUGCUCGACUGCGAGUACCACCUGGGCGAGCAGAGUGACAUCAGCAUGCUGAUCGUGCGCUGGUUCUUUAACGACCUGAGCGCCCCCGUCUACCAGUGGGUGAAGGGCCGCCAGCCCUCGGCGGCCGGCAUCCUCAAGGGCAGGGUGAAUCUGGAUCACGAAGUGUCCUCCGACCCGCUGAUGAAGCACAGGGCGCUCAGCCUCAUCAACCCGACCAUCGAGCUCGGCGGCAAGUACACGUGCAAGGUCACCACAGAGGUCAACUUCGACAUCCGCUCCAAACAGAUGGUCGUCUACGCCCCGGCGCGCACGAUGAACCUGACCGAGGACAAGCCCUCGCCCACAUCAGUCAAUAUCAGUUGUCUGGUGGAGGGCGUCUAUCCGGCCCCCAAGCUGGAGCUCUUCGUCACGCAGGAGGGCAACAAGGACAGCCGGAAGCCACUGGCGGACGUCACAGAGUGGACAGAGACCACUGACGACUCCCUGUAUGACGCCGCGGCGCACGCCACCAUCGAGGAUUCGUCCCUCGAGGGCAACACAGAGUUCGAGUGUGUUAUGAGCGUUCCCGACACGCCCUACAUGGAGAAACGGACCAUCACGUACUCGUAUGGUGACAUUGUUAGUCCGACUUCUUCCGUUAAUAACGAAACGCAAAUCGCUGCACCUUCGCCUCUGAACGCUACUGAGGCUGACCUGGGUCCGGACUACGGUCCCGACAGGGUCCUGGAGGGUGCCGUGCUGGCAGCCAGCAAAGAGAUGAACGGCGCCAGCGGGCCGGGGGUGCUGUCAUCAGGUCUUCUGGGCGUUUGCCUGCUCUCCGCGAUCUCACUGUACCGAUAGUAGAGGGCGACCAGCACCGCUCUGCGCCUGAGAGACUGGCGACUGCCCAUAUGUGAGAGUGCUCUCGACACCCGGCUGACAAUGCAAUCGAAGCCACCUGACGCCAGCUGCCGGCUGCGAAUCCAGUGUUCGGGACGAGGCCAAACGAAUGGCUAUAUUUUGUGAAGUGCAAUGAUAAGCGCGUCGCCAAAGUGUCCCCGCCUUCCCGUCUAGUCCCAGGCGCGCUGGCGGCGUCGCCCCGCCCGCUCGUGCCGUUGUUUGUGCUCUUGAGUUGUUGGAUCGCAAGAAUUCAGUAGGAGGCAGUAGGAUAAUGAUGGUAAACAUACCAAUGCGUAUGUGAGUUGAUACAUCCUGUUUUGUUGGAUACAGUAGCCAACUAAUUGAAAAAGCAGAAUGCAGUAGUUUGUAUUAG